ACCCAAAUCCAAUUUCACGAACACCUAUUCCAAUUUUCCACCAAACACAAAAAAAGAUCUGUUCUAUAAAAACCCAUCAAAUCUCUCUCCUCUCUUUCAGCAGAGGUACAAUCUCCAUCACAAACCAGAGAGUUAACCCAUUGCCCAUUUUGCCCCCAAUGGCGCUCUCUGCACAGAAUUCUCUCCUCACUAACAAAUCUUCCCUCAUUACCCAAACCCAUUCCCCAAUCCGGGUCAAUCCUUCCUCCCUAACCCUCAGAUCCGUAAUCAAACCCAUUUCCGCCGUCCACUCCGCCGAUUCAUCCAAUUCCAAGACGCCAAUCGCCCCCGCCGCCGCCGCAUCCACAUCCUCCGCCUCCGUCGCCACCGCGGUCGAGACCAACUCCGCUCCGAAGAAAUGGGCGGUGGACAGCUGGAAGUCGAAGAAGGCGCUUCAGCUGCCGGAGUACCCAAACAAGGAGGAUCUCGAUUCGGUCCUGAAAACCCUAGACGAUUUCCCCCCGAUUGUUUUCGCCGGAGAGGCCCGGAAUCUGGAGGAGCGCCUGGGUCAGGCCGCCAUGGGUAAUGCUUUCCUCCUCCAAGGUGGGGACUGCGCCGAGAGCUUUAAGGAGUUCAAUGCCAACAACAUCAGGGACACGUUCAGGAUUCUCCUCCAGAUGGGCGCUGUUCUCAUGUUCGGCGGUCAAGUUCCCGUUAUAAAGGUGGGAAGAAUGGCAGGCCAGUUUGCAAAGCCCAGAUCAGAUCCAUUCGAGGAGCAAAACGGUGUAAAGUUGCCAAGUUACAGAGGAGACAACAUCAAUGGAGAUGCAUUUGAUCUGAAAUCAAGAACCCCUGACCCACACAGGCUGAUCAGAGCUUACUGCCAAUCCGCCGCCACUUUGAAUAAUCAGGCGGAAGUGAGAGCUUUCUUCGAUGUGCACGAGCAAGAAGGAAGUCAUCCAGGAGGAGUGCAUCUCGAGAUGACCGGUCAAAACGUGACGGAAUGCAUCGGAGGGUCAAGAACCGUGACAUUCGAUGACUUGAGCUCUCGUUACCACACCCACUGUGACCCUAGACUUAACGCCUCACAGUCUCUCGAGCUUGCUUUUAUUAUUGCCGAACGCCUUAGAAAGAGGAGGCUCGGUUCUCAGCGCUAGUUUUUCUUGAUUCAAACUUGUCGAAAUUGUGCUGUCGUUGUAUUUUUAAUUUUUUUUUUUUUUUAAAUUAUGAUUUUGGAAGUUUUUUUUAUUUUAGUUUGAAAUUAUGUUGUGUACUGUAUUAUGUGUAUACUGAAAGAGAGUGGAAGGUUUGAGACUCUGAUGAGAGAGUAUUGAGACAUGAAUAAACUGUAUUUCUAUCUUAAUGUUUUGGUAUUGAUUUAUGACUUCUACUCA